AUGGCGGACACCUCUGCUGCGUGGCCUCAGGCUGACCAGGCUCUCUCCCAAGAGAUCCUUGACCUUGUCCAGCAGGCUACUCACUACCGUCAAUUGAAGAAGGGUGCCAACGAGGCGACCAAGACUCUGAACCGCGGUAUCUCCGAGGUCAUCGUCCUUGCUGCCGAUACCAGCCCUCUGGCCAUCCUUCUCCACCUGCCCCUUCUUUGCGAAGACAAGAACGUUCCCUACGUCUACGUUCCCUCCAAGAUGGCUCUCGGCCGCGCCUGCGGUGUCGCUCGCGCCGUCAUCGCCUGCUCUAUCACCACCAACGAGGCCUCUGACCUCAUGGGCCAGAUCCGCACCCUCAAGGACAAGGUCGAGAGGCUUCAGAUCUAA